AUGUCUGAUAGCGAGUCAUUCUCCGAGCGCGAGCCCAAUGCGUUCGACGAGGAGUCAUCGGACGGUCUCUUUGACUCCGACGGCGAAGCGGCAGGGGCUGAUGCCGAGGGUGGGAGCGAUACCGACGUUGAGAUACUCGGCGAAGGGCCCAGCUCUAUCCCAACGCACGGAAUCGGAAAGGGGCUGAUGACCGCUCCCAUUCCGUUGUCCAUCGUCUACAGUGACGGCCGCCACGUGGGCCUCGGUAUGCCUGGGGAGGCGAGCGGUAGCCGUCAGUCGGAGACCUCCACUUCCGGCCGUGGAGAGUCGGUAGCCAAUCCGCCAUCUGGGCCCAGGGUAUCGGUAGUGUACCCAAGCAACCCUAGGAUGCCUAUGGGGGUGUCGAAGGAAAACCUAUUCGGCGUAGACUACCUUGGGCCGAACAAGAUUACCGAUAGGGAGAUUGCCAAAUUACGAGCAGAAUACCGCAUUCCCGACUCGGUACGGAUGAGGAUCCCGGGCCCUACCGAAUCCCUUAGUGCGCCGAAGGACGGCGAAGUAGUUUUCUUUACCGACGUCCUUGUGCAAGGCGUUCGGUUGCCGUUGCAACCGGCGGUGCAGAGGAUUCUAGCCCAGAUCGGCUACGCCCCGGGGCAAUUAAACCCCAACUUCUGGGUGGCCCUCAUGGGAGUGAUAACGGCCUUCGGCAUGGCUGGCGAAGGGAGCCCCUCCUAUGAGCAGUUCUCCCAUCUGUACAGCGUUACCAAGUCCAAGUGUGCCGAUCACGGCGGGUGGGUGCAGGCGAACUGCCUCAGGGCUACCGAUCGAGGCCACUUUGUCAGCUGGGUACCGACUUCACAGAAGUCGUGGAGGAAUCGGCGGGUGCUCCUCUCGGGCGACUGGGAGUCGCCUUCGGGACAGCCUGUCCGAUUUCGCAUUCCCACAACCUUCCAAAUGGCCGGUAAGCUGAAGCAGCCGAUCGCAACACAGGCCGAGAUUCAGCAGGUGGAGAGAGUGAGGAGGAAAGUCCCUAUCGAGGAGAGAGUGUAUCCGCAGUUCCUCUUCACCACCAAUCUGAUCUGGGCCCAACUGGUCGAUCCUGCCGAGAAUAAGAGAGCUGCCAAGGCUAAGGGGAUGAACGAGUCCUCCAAGCGCCGUCUCAUGAUGGGCUUCCAAGGGAAGAAGAAGAAGAACCAGCCUCAGGGUUCGGCAUCGGUUGACCCCGAGGACCAGACCUUGGCCGACCGUCUCCGCGAGCUCAAUGCCGAAUCAGCACAGGCCGGAGCGGCAGCCGCCGGCCCUUCUCCUCGCCGAGGCGCCACUACCGAAGGGGCUUCAUCCCGAGCGGCCGGCAAACGGCCCCUCACCGUCGAUCUAGAUGCCGAACCGGCAGCAAAACGCGGACGGCAGGCCGAGCCGACGCGGGCUAUCUUCGCUGCUGAAAAUGACGAGGAGCCUGCCGAUCCCGUCACCCUGGCCUGUCCGCCGAAGACGGUCCAGUUUGCGAACCACAUGAUCAUUGGUUCGCAAAUGGAGCUGAACGAGAUCGAGGAGCUGCCGAAGAAGCUCCUUCGGGAGGAGGCGGGUCGCGCCUUUCGUCUUCAGGCAUCGGUAAGUCCAGAACAUUCUCAAGUCCAGAUUACCGAUCAUAUUUGUAUCUUUGCUGACAUGCUCGUCGUUCUGCAGGCUUCGAUGGACAUGUGGCUUUGCAUGAAGCGGGCCAUCAAUGCCGCCGAGAAGGCGAAGAAGGCCUACGACGACGGCAGGGCCAGGGUUGCCGAGGCUGGCAAGGCUAUCCAGGACCAUGCGAACCUGGUGAAGGACUUGCAAGCUGCCGAACGGCAGGUCAAGGUUUAUGAGUCCAAGUUCGCAGAUCUGUCGUCUGCCCUGGAAUCGGCACAGCUGUCGGCUAAGGAGGCUCUGGAGGCGAAGGAUGCCGUUGAGGUGGCUCUGGAGGAGUCGGAGCGUGCCAAAGCGUCGAAGAUUGAGGCUGCCGUCCAGGAGGCCAUACGUAGUAUCGCCACUCUACCGAUUUCGCUGCCUUGCUUGACAAGGAGGUGGGCUCGGAGAUGGUGGAUCUCAUCUACCGAUUCAAGCGGUACAAUCCUGGGGACGAAGCUCAACCUGAACUUCAUUGCCGAUCCUCCUCCCCUUCCCGAAGGCGUUACAGAAGAGAUGAUCGAAGAGUACGAGGGAGAGGACGCUCCGGAGGAGUCCGAAGCUGCUUGUGCCGAAGGGGCGGAUGCUGAGGGGCGGAUGCUGAGGGCCCUUCAUCCUGAUCAUUUCUUCAUUAAUGAAAUUUUUCGUUUAAUGCCGAAGGCUUUUAGACAACGGUUAUUGGCCGUUGGCCAGUAA